AUGGAAAGUUUAAUAUCUGAUAUCCACACUGGUGAAUCUUUAUUGGAACAAGAAAAGGAUGCUAAUAGAAAAUCGAAGCCUUUUCAAAAAUUUAAAUCGCCUACACUUGAUGAUUUCAGUGUUAAUUUUACUGAAAGUAGAAUAUGCAGUCAAUCAAACGAAUCAAGCAGUUUUUCUAAAUCGGAAAAAGUAUUUAAACGAAACGAAUAUGCAACAGAUCCGUUUAAUACAUUUCACACUGAUCAGGAUCUCACAGAAUCACCAAAUGAUCAUCAAAAAAAUGAUGAUUCCGAAUUUGAACUUUCAUCAAUGUCGACAUCAAUUUUAAAAAAGGAUAAACGUGGUGCUUUUAAAAAUAAGCCUACGUCAAAUAAAAAUUUUUUUAAUAUUGAUAACGAAGAAACUAUAACCAAUGUUAAAAACUAUACUUCUGAUAUAAGGUCGUUUUUAUUGAGUCAACCAACCGAAAAGCCUGUUGAAUUAGAAAAUUCUUUGAGUGACACGAUUAAUGUCACAAAUUUGGAAACUAAUGAAAAACAAGAAGCCAGAAAAAAUAAUUUAAAGACUCAGCUGUUUCGAAAAUCUCAAAAGAAAAAGAUUAAUCAUUUUGAAGUCGAAUUUAACGAAUCUAAUAUUAAAAAUGUUUCAGAUCAUGAGCUGAGUCGAAAUUCUAUUUUUAAAAAAUCUAAUAAAAGCAUUUUAGAAGAAAAUUAUAACAUAACAAAUGUUACAUUAACAUUAGAAAAUAACAAAUCACAAGCUGAUGGAAUAGAAAACACAAAUGGUAAUGAAGAUGAAAAAUGCGAAAAGACAAGCAAUGAUAAUAUUGCACAAUUUAAAGAAACUCAAGAAGCCAUUAGAGGAGAAGAAAUGCAUGUUUCAAAAUUGAUUGAAAAAAGCAAUAUUAGUCUAAUGAAUAAAUUAUCUUUUAAUAAUGAUGCUGAAAAUAGCGACACUAAUUUCGGCUUAAACAAUUCAUCGAGUAAACACGUUAAUACAGAUACUUAUUUCGAACAGUCAUCGAUAAAUGAUGAAAAUUUAAAAUGUUGGAUGUCUGACAAUUCAGAAGAGGAAAUAUCACCUCCCUGUGUUCCAAGGAUUUCAACCAAUUUGUCAAAUAAUAAAGAAAAUUUACUUAAAUCGAAUAAGAAUUUUAAUAAAAGCGUUUCAUUUGAAAAAUCUUCAUGGGAUAAAAUAUUCGACAAUAUCGUUUCUAAUGUUAAAAAAAAUGAUUUAAUUAAUAAUUCGAUUAAAAAAAAAAAAGUUGUUGUCGUUGAAAAGGAAAAGGAAAAAAUUGCAUCGAAUGGUUUAAAAAAAAAGAAACAAGGUCCUUUUGUGACUAAAAAACUACAUCAAUAUAUAUUGAAUAAGCUCAAGCCUAAAUAUGGAAUAGAUACAAAUGUUAGAGCAGAGGAAAUCGAAAUGAGAAUAUGCGACACGGUUAAAAUUGUAACUAGAAGAAAAUCUUAUCAGAAAUCUCUUACAGAAAAAUUAAAAAAAGAAAUGGCUACUGUUGGUCUCAUCAGUACAACUGUGGACUUUUAUGAGACAAAAGUGAUUCCGUGUCAUCAUCCUAUCACAAAUUCAAUUUAUCCACCAAAAGCUGCUGUUAAUCCUUUCGAUGAAAUAUUAUUAAAACAUUAA